AUGACUGGGUGGUAUCGUGAUAUGAGUCAUCGGUACCUGGAGCUUGAGUCCACUCAUCGACAAGCUCUGUGGGAAUCCACUCAUGCUUUCCCGACUCCUCCGGCUCAACGGCGAUCUGAACGGUUCAUGCAGACAAUCUGGCGCCAACGAAAACAACGCCGUUCUCGCUUUGGAGCGCGUUGGAAGAACUUCUUGAAGAUGAUACUCAGCGGCAUGAUCGCUGGCCACUGCGAUCUCGACAUCUUGCUAGAUCUCUUCUUCCUCCACUAUCCGCGCCCACAUGAAGACCGAGUUUGGUAUCCAGGGUUAGGACACUCUAACGACCCAGCUGACUUGCUAGGGGCGUUGGACAUGGCAGACCAAGAGGAUCAUUGGCGCAACCAGUUCCGUAACGCCUAUUGGGAUCAUCCCGGAUCGCAGAUCCCUCGUCUGCAGGACAAGUUCAAACCUGCUCCAUCGUCUUAG